AUGGCAAGGUCUACUUUUGGUCAACUUCAGGAGUUUCAACCUGAAUCAGAAACGAUUGCUGCCUAUUUGGAACGUGCAAGUCUCUAUUUCCAAGCUAACUCUAUUGCAGAAGAGAAGCAAGUAGCAGUAUUCCUAAGCGUAAUUGGAGCGAAGAAUUACUCUUUACUACGCUGUCUCACGGCACCAGAAAGGCCACAAGACAAGUCCUACGAAGACCUUGUGAGCGCACUCACGACACAUUUUCAGCCAAAGCCGAUAGUCAUUGCAGAAAGGUUCCAUUUUUAUCGUCGAAAUCAAGCAGUCGGAGAAUCGCUGGCACAGUACAUAGCCGAACUACGUCGGCUAGCUACUCACUGCGCCUUUGGCGAGCAGCUAAAUGACGCACUACGGGAUAGACUCGUAUGUGGGCUGAGAAGUGAAAGCAUUCAAAAAAGAUUGCUAACAGAGGACAAUUUAACAUUUGCGAAAGCUUAUGAUCUCGCCCAAGGAAUGGAAGCGGCUGACAAGAACUCGAAGUCUCUACAAGGAGGAGACGGGAUAGUCCAAAAGAUAAACGGGCCCUCCCAGAAACCCAAGAUAAAGGGGGAAGAGAAGCCUGCUAUCGAUGUGGUAAGCAAAAUCACACGGCGAAAGAAUGUAGAUUUCUAG